UGGCGGGAGGUAAGGCCAGGAGGAGGAGGAGGCAGGAAGGAGCCAGACCUGGGUGGGGGCUCACGCUCAGAUGAAACUUUCCACCUGCUCGCAGCCCAGAAGAGCUAAGAGGUCGGAGGCUGGGCCGUCGCUUGGGGUGCCAGCGGGAAGAACAGAGAGACCCCAGAAGAGCACAGACCUCCCACGGCAGCCCGAGGAACCACCCCAGCCGACCAGGAUGAGGUGUCGCCGGUGCUGGGUGACCAGAUUGGGCCUGGCUGUAGCCCUGAGCAUCUUCACGCUCCUUGUCUUCCUCCUCUUCAGUCUGCACGCCUCGCCACCCACCUUCCAGAGCCUGGAGGAGCCCCCGGGCCACGCAGUGGCUCUGGCCUGGCCGGCUCCGCCUUCCCGCCCACCGCCCAACCCCUGCCUGCCCAACACCUCCGCCGCCGCCCUGCCGAGCUUCGCGGGGCUGCCGCAGCAUGUGCGCUACUUCCUGCUGUAUAAACACUGCCGCGAAUUCCAGCUGCUGCAAGACGUGCGGCCAGACAAGUGCGCGCAGCCUGUCUUCCUGCUGCUGGUCAUCAAGUCCUCGCCCAGAAAUUACAAGCGCCGGGAGCUGGUGCGGCACACCUGGGGCCGCGAGCGCCUGGUGAAGGGCGUCCCGCUGCGCCUCAUCUUCCUGGUGGGCACGGCCCCUCACGCCCUGGAGGCCCUCAAGGUCAACCGGCUGCUGGCGAUGGAGGCGCGGGCUCACGGUGACAUCCUGCAGUGGGACUUCCAUGACUCCUUCUUCAACCUCACGCUCAAACAGGUGCUCUUCCUACAAUGGCAGGAGACUCGGUGCACCAAUGCCAGCUUCAUGCUCAAUGGGGAUGAUGACGUCUUCGCACACACUGACAACAUGGUGUCCUACCUGCAGGACCACGAUCCUGACCACCACCUCUUUGUGGGGCAGCUGAUCCGCAAUGUGGGCCCCAUCCGGGUUCCCUGGAGCAAGUACUAUGUGCCAAAGGAGGUGACCCAGGAGGAGCACUACCCACCCUACUGUGGCGGGGGUGGCUUCCUACUGUCCCGUUUCACAGCCGCUGCCCUGCGCCGGGCUGCUGUCACACUGGACCUUUUCCCCAUCGAUGAUGUCUUCCUGGGCAUGUGCCUGCAGCAAGAGGGCCUGGAGCCCGCCUCCCACAGUGGGAUCCGCACAGCCGGCAUUUGGGCCCCCUCAGCCCACAUGUCCUCCUUCGACCCCUGCCUCUACCGGGAACUGCUGCUUGUUCAUCGCUUCUUGCCAUAUGAGAUGCUGCUCAUGUGGGAUGCGCUGAGCCAGCCCAACCUCGCCUGCGGCAAGAAGUUACAGAUCUACUAGGUGGUGUCAGGGCCCCCUAGCCUCUAGGCUCUGAUCUCCACCCCCAUGGAAAGGGGCAGCAUCUUCCUCCCUGGCAGGGGAAAUCUUCAUUCCUCUAAGCAGGUCAGGCAUAGGGGAGUGCCAGGAAGGGUUUGAUGAGUGCCUAGUCUAGCUGGCAAACUCCUAGAUAUCUUUCCAAACCCACGUGGUACUUGAACCCAUGCUUCAUCAUCCUCCCUAGGCUCUCUGCUGAAUGGACCGUCUCUUUCUGUGGGAGCUAAUUGCAGAAGCCCCUCUCCUAGGGUUCUGGGUUGCUGCUCCUGCAUCGACCCCAUCUGAGUCAAGGUCACAUUUCCCAGCUCUGACCUUGAUCACAGGCUGGACCUUAAAGGCUGACCAGCCCCUCCUUGGUCAUACACCUUGAGUGAUUUAGUAGUAUGUGAGUUCCAGCCAUGGUUCAAGGUCAGUGGCAGAACUCCUAGUUGAAGUGAACUUAGGAAAGGAGUUUUGUUCUCAGCCUCUCCAUGGUCUCCAUCCACCCGAGAUGGCGAAAGCGGUCAGAGAAGCCAUGAGUGGGACCGCCCCAUCCCUGCCUGUGAUAUCCAGUGCUCUGAUGGCUGACGCAUUGGGUAGAGGAGGGAAGAAGCUGUCUGACUCAAGCAAAACCAGCUCCAAGUUUCUGGGAGUCCCUAACAGGGCCCUGCCCACCCCAUUUAUGCUCCCCAAGAAUUCAGGGAAUGUUGUGGGGCCAAAGGGUCUUCACUGGGCCCAAGGUCAGCACACACACUCACCCCAGUGCUCAGAGAAGGGAGAGAUUCUGGUCCUUGGGUGUCUCUGAGCUCUAGGGACCCAGGACCAGCCCUUACCUCAGUAAGCCUUUCAGAUUGGGGAGAUCCAAGCAAAAUGGUGACCACCCCCCCCCCCAAAACCCUGCUGGCUCUGGGUGGAUGUCUGGGGCCUGGGCUUCCGAGGCAUUGGAGUAGUGCUUGGGACGUGGGGAUGGGGUGACCCCAGACAGCAGAAUGAUCGCUGGGAAGUGGGUAC